UCCCAUUUUUCGCACCGCCUCGCCUCGCGACGACGACUGACAAUCGGUAUAACGAGCAUGAACCUCGGUAUAUAACGGCACUAGGCGUUUCUCAUUGCUGUGGGUGGCUUAAAAAAAUAACACUCGAAUUCUAUAUGUGCACGUGUGCUUCUCUCUUCUGAGUGGGAGUGAGUGCUUUCUCUCGCUCGCUCGCUCAUUCGCGCUUAAGCAAUUGAAGUGUGGGAGUGAGUGACGAUUCCCAUUCGAAUGCAAUUCGUUUCGUUGAUUUCUCGAAUUCGCAGCAGCAGUCGGCGUCGUCGUCGUCGUCGUGCAGCCCAACAGCAGCAGCAGCAGCAGCAGUAGUCGUAGAGCUAACUGCAGCCCCAAAAGCUCAGUGACACGCCGUCGGUACGGUAACGAGUAACGGUGUGUUGAGUUGCGUUGCGUCUUCUCUCUCUCGCUGUCCGAUUGGCGCUUCCCUCAUUCGGUGUCGUAUCGCAAUCGCAGUCGCAAUCGCAAAUUCUGAUUUGUGCAAAAGAUGCACGCGUAUUCUAUUGAAAAUGCCUUGAAAACGCAACUUCAAUUUAGUUGAAUUGUGAAUGCAAUUGAAGCAAGUUCAAGUAAACUAUCAAUCGAAUUAAUAGUAAUUGUAAGAUUAACAAAAUUAUACUUGCAAAAACCAAAUACGCGAGUGUUAUGAGAAUUCAAUUCAAAGUGUUGUGGUUUAUUUAAAUUUUAAUUUGCUUGAGUGAAAUCGAAACAUGAAAUUAACGCGCCAUUAAAUCAAAAAAAUACACGAAAAUAACAACAAAUAAUUAAACAAAACGCAGACAAAAGGCUAAACUACAAAAAUUUUGUGUGCUGACCAAAUGUCGAAGCAUGGAUUCUGUUAAUGCCAAAAACCAAUCGGCGACAAGUGAAUACAGUGAACAGCAAACAGAUGAACAGCCAAUAAGCAAGAGCAAUAUUAACAACAACAACAACAAUAUAAACAACAACAAUUCGUUGGCAAUCAACCACAAUCAUUUGAGCUUCAGUCUUAACCAAAAGUUCUUGGCUGGUGGCAACAUGAACACGACAGCAAUGUUGAUGCAUCACAAUCACAGUCAUCACCAGCAACAGCAACAGCAGCAGCAGCAACAGCAGCAGCAGCAACGCGACGGCAGCAACAGUUCACGCGGCGCUGGUGACGAGCGUCCAAAUGGACGCAACUCACACACAGGCAAUGGACGCGGCUCCAGCUCGCCCCCCAGCAGUCCGACCAGACAUGGCAGCGUAGUUAGUCCCAGUCCGGUCAGCUCACUGAAUCACUCGAUGAUGGCCCAAAUGCAGCAACAACAACAGCAGCAGCAGCAACAACAGCAUCAUCAUCAGCUGAGUCCGCCGCCGCAUGUAGGUGGCGCCCUGCCCACGGGCUUGGCGCCACGCAUGCCACAUGGACUGCCACCGCAUUCACUGGGACUGCUCAACUCGCUGCAGAUGAUGCACCAUGCCUCGUCGCCGCUGGAGCUGAUGGCAGCGGCGCACCACCAUGUGCCGCCGCGCUCCUACAACUCGCCGCCGCCCAUCUCCACCUCGGACCCCAGCGCCAACGAGUGCAAGCUGGUGGAGUACCGCGGCCAGAAGGUCGCCGCCUUCAUCAUUAGCAAUGAGACAAUGCUCUGCCUGCCGCAGGCUUUCGAGCUCUUCCUCAAGCAUCUGGUGGGCGGCCUGCAUACGGUCUACACGAAGCUCAAGCGGCUGGACAUAGUGCCGCUGGUUUGCAAUGUAGAGCAGGUGCGCAUUCUACGUGGCCUGGGCGCCAUCCAGCCGGGCGUCAAUCGCUGCAAGCUGCUUAGCUGCAAGGACUUUGAUGUACUCUACAGGGACUGCACCACUGCCAGAUGCCUAUCGAUCAAGCCGCCAGAGAGUUCCAGACCGGGUAGACCGCCCAAACGUGGCCCCGUUGGGCUGUCGCUGCCGCCCACGCAUCUCUCACAGCAUCCGCAGUUGAAGAAGCAUCGCCUGGACAAUGGUGACUAUGCAUAUGAGAAUGGCCAUAUUAGUGAUAUGAAUCGAUUGGAGAAGUCGCCGCUGUUGGCCAACGGCUACAAUCCGCCGCCAAUUAACCACAUGGCCUUUAUGCAAAUGAACGCGCAUCAUCCGGGGGCUGCGGCGCUGAUGUCGCCCGGAAUGCCGCCGCAUGGGCUGCACGCCAGGCCGGAGAGUCAGAUGCUGAAGGCCGCAGCGCAGAACGCGGGCAUGUCGGCAGCCAAUAUGGACGCACUGGCUCGGUCGGGGAUUUGGGAGAAUUGCCGGGCUGCCUACGAGGAUAUAGUGAAGCACUUGGAGCGCUUGCGGGAGGAGCGCACGGAUGAGCGACAGCAGGCGAUCUGCGCUGCGGCCAGCGAGCGGGUGGGCAGUCUGGUGGGCGAGCGUGAGGCCAAACCGAGGGAUCUGAGCUCGAGCAACUGCUCACCCACGCGACAGAGUCCGGUGCUGAACCUGAGCAAGUCCGGCGGGAACACCGACCAUGGCGGCAGUAAUUGUGAUGCGGGCAGCGAGCGCAGCGAUUGCCACUCGACGACCAACUCUCCACGCGGCUCACGCAGCUUGGACGAGCGCAGUCGCAGCGUGGGCGCUGGCGCUAUCAUCGGCGUGGAAGACGACGAGGAGGAGGAGAACCUGAGCGAUGAGAAUCAAUCUGAAGUCGACGAACGCUGCCUGGCCAAAGACGACGAAGAUUUGAGUGACACGGAGCGUGAUAAUCUAUCAACGGGUUCGGCGGCCGCUGCCGCCGCCGCUGCUGCUGCCGCCGCUCACUUGCAUCAGCAGGCUGCAGUCGUCUCGCAUCAUCAUCAGGCCCAAGCUCAUCAUCUGGCCGUGGUUCAUGGCACCCAUGGCACCCAUGGCUCACCCACUGCCGAGGUCGCUGCCGCGGCCGCCUUGCAGCAUCAGCGUGCGCUCAACUACUCGCAGCUGGCCGCUGCUGCUGCUGCGGCCAAUGGAGCUGCCAGCGCUGUGGUUGGCGCCUCGGUGGUGAACGGUCCGCCGGCCGCUGGCGGAGGCGCCCUCACGCCAAACGAGGCGCUGCUGGCUGCCAAUGAUGCCACUGCCGCUGCAGCCCUCGCGGGCGGCUUGGCCCUGGGUCCCCUCGGCAUCGACGCGCACGCCGCCGUGCCCGCCAGCUCCACGGAAACGCUCUUGCGGAAUAUACAGAGUCUCCUUAAGGUGGCCGCCGACAAUGCCAGACAACAGGAGCGCCAGAUAAGCUACGAGAAAGCCGAACUCAAAAUGGAUGUGCUACGCGAACGCGAGGUUAAAGAUUCGCUGGAGCGGCAACUUGUCGAUGAGCGUAAAUUGCGUGUUCUCUAUCAAAAGCGAUUUAGACGGGAGCGGAAGAUCCGCAUAAGAUAUCAGCAGCAACUGGGAGUUGGCGAUAGCAAAGGCAACUCCAGUGCCAAUGGCAACAGUGGCGCCAAUAGCGACACUGACCAGUGCCCAAAUAGCGGAGCGGAUGCCAAGGCGAGCAGCAUUGGCGGCGACGUGGCGGAGACGCUGAAAGAUAACGAUGGCGCCAGUCGAAGCGGCAGCGACAAGUCCGAGAAGUCGGUGAGCGGCUCCCAGAGCGCCAGCGCAAACAAUCGCUCCGACUCACCCACGCACUUCAAGCGCGAGCCUCACUCCGAUCACGAGGGCUCCAUGGAGCGACAAUCGCGCGGCAGCGCCGCCCACGACACUGAAGCCCGCUGCUCCAGUCGCGAACACGAUCGCGAAGACCGCGACCGUCCACCCAGCGCCGCCAAUGUCCCCUUGCCCAAUACUCCCGAAGGCAGCUUGGCAGCUGCUGCCGCGGCCGCCGCUGCUGCUGCUGCUGCUAGCAAUGGCAAAGCGCCAGCCCCCUGGAGCUAUCCCGGCAUCGAUUUGAUGGCCACUGGAGCCUUCUGGCAAAAUUACUCCGGACAGCCAUCUGGUGAUAACCGGACUAUAAAGUUGACAAGUGAGUUUGGAGUCUCCUGUAAGGAGAUGUGCGUGGGUUGCGUUUCAGUGUUCAAUACGGAGUCGUACGAAGACGGUUAA